AUGAAAAAUAAUAAUAAACUUCAGUGCGAUAUAAGCGGCAAACAAUUGCCAGCAAAAAAUACAAAUCAAAUAAUAUAUGCGGAAAAAAGUUUGGACAUUAAUAAUCACAAUGAAGUAAUCAUUGAUUUGUUAACUACUAUUGAUAAUACUAAAUGCAAGGAACGGGAUCAUAAUGUUAUGACAACAAUUGCAGCGCCAGUAGUCGUAGUAAUUAAUAAUAAUAAAAAAUCGGUCCAAAAAAAUUGGAUCAAAUGUUUACCGGAAAACAUACCGGCGUUUGGCAUCAUUUUGAUGGCAUUGAGCGCUACAUCCUAUUCGUUGGGCAGUCUUAUCAUCAAAUUGUUGCCAGAAUUGCAUUCACUGGAAGUCCUAUUUUUUAGAUGUACGGUCCAAUUCCUGGUAAACUUGGUCUACGCACUGGUCAAAGGUCAACCACUGGCCGGCGAAUCGGGUUCGCGGGUUCAGCUAUUUAUGCGCGGACUCUACGGUACCGUAUCAUCGAUGGGCAGUUUUAUGGCCUUCGGUUUGAUACCAUUGUCCGAUGCGACAACCAUACAGUUUUCGUCGCCCGUAUUCGUCACACUGUUUGCCUAUUUUAUACUGAAAGAGCCGCUAACAAUACUCCAGGUGCUGACCGGAACCAUAACGUUGUCGGGCGUUGUGGUCAUUGCCCGACCAAAACUUCUAUUCAGUCCAAACUAUGUCAUACCGUACGGCCAUAUCGAAGGCUUACUGUCGGCAAUUAUGGGUGCGUUUGGCAACGCUAUGGCCAUUAUUACACUGAGACGACUCAAAUCGGCACCGGUAGCCGUAGUUGUUGUCUGGUAUUCGGUAGCCAUAAUGAUUGCUACGUUGGCCACACUGCUAAUGUGGGAUCAAUUCAGAUGGCCAGUCGGUUGGCGUGUGUGGACACUAUUGUUGGCCAUCGGUAUUACCGGUAUCGGCGAUCAACUUUUUAUGACAGUAGCCUUGCGAUACGAGAGUGCCGGUCCGGCAUCGAUAGCCCGCACACUGACCAUAGUAUUAUCAUUUGUAUGGGACGUACUGGUGCUGAACGGCGCGUUUAACGGUACAGCAGCUAUUGGUGCAGCUCUGGUAUCAACUGGUGUCGUCAUUUUGGGCGCCUAUAAGUGGUCAGAGGAAAAACCUGAACAAUACAAACGUUUAAAAGAGUGGUGUUUGUCCUGCGGGCGGCACCGGUAG